GUGCCUCCCCAGGAAGCCCCAGGAUCCUGGCACUACUAUGGGCACACUGAGCCCCUGAUGUCCCUAACCCUUUGCUAGCACCCGCUGGCCCCACAGAAGCAGCCAACAUGCCUAUCUCCAAGGGCUUGCAAAAGUCGGAGCCCCCAUGGAAGGAGUGGGACAAGAAGGCUCAAAAGAAUGGACUGAGGCACCAGGUGUACGCUGUCAAUGGUGACUGCUAUGUGGGCGAGUGGAAGGACAACAUGAAACAUGGAAAAGGAACACAGAUCUGGAAGAAGAAAGGAGCCAUGUAUGAGGGAGACUGGAAGUUUGGGAAGCGAGAUGGCUAUGGCACCCUCAGCUUUUCUGACCAAGAGAUGGGAAAGCACAGGAAAGUAUACUCUGGCUGGUGGAAAGGCGAUAAAAAAUCGGGCUAUGGGAUGCAGUUUUUUGGACCCAAGGAGUAUUACGAGGGUGAGUGGUGUGGCAACCAGCGCAGCGGAUGGGGCCGCAUGUACUACAGCAACGGUGACCUCUACGAAGGCCAGUGGUUGAAAGACAAGCCGCAUGGGGAGGGCAUGUUGCGCCAGAAGAACGGGAACCGCUACGAGGGCUACUGGCAGAGAGGCAUGAAGAAUGGGUCGGGCCGUUUUUUCCACCUGGACCAUGGUCAACUGUUUGAAGGCUUCUGGGUGGACGACGUGGCCAAGUGUGGCACAAUGAUUGACUUUGGUCGCGAUGAGGCCCCUGAGCCCACCCAGUUCCCCAUUCCUGAGAUCAAAAUUCUAGACCCUGAUGGUGUGCUGGAGGAAGCCUUGGCCAUGUUCAAGAAGCCUGAGGAAGAAGAAGAUUGAUGCCAGGUGAGGGGCGGGCAUACUUUCCAGCCUCUGAUAUGGUCGAGGAAGCUCCUGGGUUCUCUUUUGGCCAUGGAACUCAAGCGCAGGACCAGAGGGCAGGUCUCUUGCCUCCCGCAAUCCAGCUGGUUCUUUUGGGUUCCUCCCCUUCAAAACUCAUUUCCUGCAGACCAGUUCACCCCAAAACACCCAUGAGUAGGGUGGUUUGCCCCAGGCCUGCACCUGCACAUCUGUCCUAGCCCCUCCUAGUGCAGGUAUAGGUGCGGUUUGAGGAGAGGGUGUUGGUAUAGCAUCUAUGAGUCGCUAGCUCCCACCAGCCCCUUGCUCCCACAGGGAGCACACCAGAGCUUCAGGAGAAACUCCAGGCCAUCACCCAACUGCUCAAACCGGUGUGGCUUCUGCAAGCAGAGAGGGGUGACUCUGGGCACACCUUUGGCACCCUCGAAGGGCACCUUACUCCUCCCAGCACUGGAUUAUCCUCUCCCCAGCUGGCUUUGGGGAGCCUCUUGGUACAGCCUUCAUUCUAGGUUACAAUUCCUGAGGGCAAGAGUAUAAAAGAGAACAUGGUGGCAUCAGCCCAGGGCUUGUGGUGUGUGACUGGGAGGGACAGGGUGCAACUCUGAGAGAGGCUUUAGGUAGAGGGAAGACAUCCCCACGGGAUGCAUGGAUUUACCCUGGGGGAGAAAGAGGAGGUGUGUUUAGGUUUCUAACCUCUCCCAUACUCCAGGGAGGAGAGCCUAUGUCUGGUCACAUUGGCCACUGAGAUUUGGGGUUGAGACCUGAUCUGGCUUCUUAACCCAACACAGAAGCGCUCAACCUCGGUAUCCUGUGGUAACUUUAAAAGCUCAGACACCCAGAACUCAAGCCCAGAUUUUUCUCUGGGGUGAAGCCUGGGCCUUCAGAAAGUUCCUCAGAUGAUUCUAAUGUGCACCUGGAGCUAGAACCCCUGACUUACUGGCUUUGUGACCCUAAGCAAGUGACCAGAGUGGCCCCUUGUGUAAAAUGGCACUUGGGAGAUUUCACAGGUUUUUUUUUUUUUGGAGAAUUUGCUAACAGAUGUAAUGAUAACAAGUAACAUGUAUUGAGGUUAAUUGUGAAGCAGAGGUCUGGGAAGAGCUUUGCAUAAUUCUAGACAACAUUCCGCAAGAUAAAAGGCACUCUUACAUAAUGGGUAGGAACAGGAGCUCAGCAGACUGCCUGGGUGUGAAUCCCAGCAGUGAUGUAGAAGCUGUGUUCUCAGAUAUGGCACCUAACCCCUCUGUUCCCCAGGCUUCCUCCUCUCAAAUACAGGACAAUAACCUUUCUUGCCACUCAGGUUACUGUGGUUAACAUGAAGAUGAAAUAAGGCGUGUUUCUAAUCCAAGAGUGAUUUUACCUCCUCUCCCUCCCCGGGAACAUUUGGCGACAUCUGGAGACGUCUCUGGUUGUCACAACUGGCAGGGGGAAAUAUUACCAACAACUAGUGGGUAGCAGUUGACGAUCUCACUGAACACACUCUAAUGUGGACACUCUCCAAUAGAAUUUUUCAGCCCAGUGUCUGAAGCAUAACCCUGUAAUACCAUGAUGUUCACUAAGCCCUCAGCAAGUGCCUGGCACACAGUAAAAGCUCAAUAAACACUACUUCCUUUCUGCUCUCUAAAUCAUAAGUGACGUGGCCUGACCCCAAGGCAUGGUUCUGUCUGUACUUCUCACAUCAGAAAGCUGAGUCUGGCCCACGUGGGACACAGGACGUUCACUUGGGGCCAGGCCCUGUGCUGACAGCUUCAUAUGUUCUCUCCCAUGUCCCCUCAACAACUGCUGAGGGUGUCCUCUAUUAUUGGCGCUAUUUUAAAUUUUUUUAUUAUUAUUUUUUUAUUUAUGAUAGUCACACAGAGAGAGAGAGAGGCAGAGACACAGGCAGAGGGAGAAGCAGGCUCCAUGCACCGGGAGCCCGAUGCGGGAUUCGAUCCCGGGUCUCCAGGAUCGCGCCCUGGGCCAAAGGCAGACGCCAAACCGCUGCGCCACCAGGGAUCCCAAUUGGCGCUAUUUUAGAGGAGGAAACAGGUUUCAGGGAGGCUCACAAGUCACAGAGCUAGAGAGUAACUGGACUUAAACUAGAUCUAACUGCUCUUCAGGCACAGGACAGUGGCAGAGCGUACAGGUUACCUUCCCCUCCUCCCCCAGAAAAAGUAGGAGGUGUUCUUGUUUAUGUAUGAAAUCUCUCUAGAUGGCAACACAAUACUCUGGCAACAAGGAAUACUUCUGGAGCAAACUGGGAACCUGGGAACAGGGGAGGGAGGGUGACUUUUCAUUGUUGUAUUUGGAACCUGUGAAUGUAUUGUGUCUGAAAUAUAAAUAAAACUGAAAUUAAAGAAA